GACUUGGCACCGUGCCAGGGCCCAUGUGCAGCUCAGAGGUGCCUCGCAACUCUCCAACUCGUGCGAGCAGCGCUGCAAGUCAGCUGUGGAACGAAGGCUGACCGUGCGAAAAACCCUCCCCCUCGCUUCCGUGCUGACAUGAACCGUGAUGAUGGGCAGUAUAUCGCCUGCGGCUGAUGGUCCUUGCAAAUAUGUUCUCCGGCAGACGCUCUCCCACCACACAUCCGAUGUCAAAUACGUUCGGAGUGCACCGUCAGAAGGGGGCAAUGACUUACUGAUCACGGCAAGUCGAGAUUGUACCGGAGUGCUUUCUCGCCGUCCGAAGACAGCGGCUGGUCGCGCCGCCUAUCGACCAGAGCGCACGUACACGGGAAGCAGUCGCUACAUCAACGCCUGUGCAUAUCUGCCUGCAAGUCCUCGCAACCCUUCUCAAGUGAUUCUGGGCUCCCUGGACUCGCAGGUCUACGUCUACGACGAAGGAAGGGGAGACAAGGCCGUGCAAAUCAUCAAUGACCAUUUUGACAAUGUCUGCGCGUUGGAUGUCUUCGUGCCGCCCGAUUCGCAGCCACUGCUUGCGUCCGCUUCCUGGGACUGCACGGCCAGAAUCUUCUAUUUGGGCUUUGACCGCGAGUCGGGAGAGUCAGAUGAACAAAGAGAAGAACGAGCAACAGAUACGGCUCAGUUUCGCUGGCGUAAGCGAUACUUGCUCAAAGGCCAUGAAAGCGCGGUGUGGAGCGUAAAGGUGGUGGAAGAGGAUCAGUUCCUGACUGCCUCGGCUGACCGGCUGAUCAGACUGUUUAAGAAAGAGCAGUGCGUCGCACGGUUCGAAGGACACACGGAUGUCGUCCGCUCGCUCGCUAUCUUACCAUCAAAACCAUCACGGUCCGAUUCAAACUCAAGCGAAUUGUAUCAUGGCUCUACAUUAGUUUGCGCAGAAGCGAGCAGUCGCGUAUUUGCCAGUGCGUCCAAUGACGGCACCCUCCGUUUGUGGGAUUUAGACGGGGGGCCAUUAUCAGGUGCGCAUAACGAAGACGCCACUGUCGACUCCAGCUUGCCGACUGUGAGGCAAGCUACACGCGUCUUCAAGGGUCACGAAAGCUUUGUGUACGAAGUAACCGCCUUGAACGAGCGAAGUCUCGUCAGCUGUAGUGAAGACGGCAGCAGCAGAGUUUGGGAUGUUAACGAAGGGACGCUACUCCAAACAAUCUGGCACAAUGCCACCUCCAUCUGGACGCUUUGCGUUCUGCCGCAUUCGAUGGAAAUCGUGACAGGCAGCUCGGACGCGAAGGUGCGGAUUUUUUCCAUAGGCGAGGCCGCCGCCGCCGAGCAAGACGAAGAAAUAGCCGAGGCGCGCUACGCUUUCGAACGAGCUGGGGAGGAGAUGAGGGUGCGCAUUGAGGGAAGCAGUAGCAUUGGUACUGACGGCCAAGUCGUCAUCUCGCAAGUCGUUGUGUCCGAUUCGAAUCCACCAGCAGUAACAGCGUCGUCCGCAAUCGAAGCACCUGCGCACGAACCACUAGACACAGCGACAGCCGAUGCGGGAGCGCCAGUCGUGCUGCAAAUCGAUGUCGCUGACGACCGAGAGCCACUGUCCUUACGAGUGAACAAGACAGAUGACCCGUCGGCCGUCGCGAAAGCGUUGGUCGCCGAGCAUGGUUUGCCCGAGUCAUAUGUUGAGAAGAUCAAGGAUUUUGUACAGAUGAUGAUCCAGUAGGGAUGCUGACUUGAACGGUGGUAGUAUACAACAAAUUAGUACGAUCGCCUGUCUAAGGCCGUUUUCCAUCUGGUUUGCAGACACUACUCCGAGAGUUGGCAUGCGUGAUUCAAAGACGCAUGAUACAUCAUCAUAGCGGAGCACUUGAGUGCAAAU